AUGCUGUUUGAGGAAGCUCUGCCCCUCAGGGGGUCUGAUGCUGUGCUUAGUACUCUUAGCCUGGUGCAGCUCAGCCCCAGUGGGAGGAUCCAGGACCUGCUUGCUCCAGGAGCAGAGAACCUGUCGGUGCUGGAUGUGGCCCCUCUGGGCUUGGUGGUGGUAAAUGCCACUGAAGUGGAAGUAUCUGACUCAAGAGCUGCCUCAGAGCUGUACUUGCAGGCUGCAGGUGGUGAAGGCAGGGCCUGCUCUCUGCUCACCAUCACCAUGUCCUGCCCAGGGCCUGACCCUCCUGAGAGGCCUGGUACCCAGGGCAUGUGGCAAGGAGCCUUGCGGAUCCUGCAGCUCCCAGGAGUCCUAGACUGUCCCCUGUUGCAGGUGUUGGCUGGUGAGGUUGUUGGUGAGGAGGUGGAGGGCUCUCUGCCCUGGAUUGUCUCAUGGCUCCUGGAAGGAAACAACUACAGUGGCCUUCUUCUUCGCCUGGACACUCAAGGCAGUUCCCAGAGCUUGCUCCAGGCUGCACUGCUGGGGGCCGCGAGAAGGAGGAUGAAGGUGAAACAGGUGAGGCCCACCCUGUGGGAUGCAGUAGAAGAGGCCCGGGCCCGCCGGGCUGGCCUGAAGAGCCUGCGUUCAGGCCUCCUUGGGGACACUCUGACAGAGACUGGGCUCAGCCAGCUGGGCAGGGCACUGCAGGAGCUGCAGGUGGUAAAAGCCUGGAGCCAGCGCUUGGGAAGCUGGAUGCUCAAAGAGGUCAAAGCUGAGGCUGCAGGACUCUCAGAACCAUGGGUGAUAGAUUCAACAGCAAGCCACAGCCCAGGCCUCCAGGAGGAGCCUCAAGUGGCAGGAAGAACAGCAUCUAUAGAAUCUGGGCUCCACGAAAAGCAUCCUCCUAGGGGCUCUGAGGAACAGGCCCAGCAGGCCCCGGAUGUGGCCCUGCAGUUCUUCCUGGCUCAGGCCCGGAGGCAGAGACUGCGAGAACAGCAUGAAAUCUGGAUCCAAGAGGAAAUGAAGCAUUUGGAACAGGAAAAGGAGGAAGUGGCAGGUGACCAGGUCAAAGGCCUGGGGGCUAGAGAAGAGCCCUCCAAGGAGAGGCACAGAUGGCACUGGGAGCAGGCAGCACUGAGACUCCAGCUGGAGGCCCUUCAGGCAGAACGGGAUGCUGCGGAGCAGGACCUGGUAGCGCUCUAUGACCUGCACGUGCAGGCUGCCCGAGCCCGGACAUGCCACGAGCUGCAGGUAUUCCGAGCCUGGCGGGGACUGUGGGAGGAACGGGCUGUGACCACAGAGCAUCACUACCGCAGCUUGCUGGCUGGAGUCCUGCAAGACACCAUCAGCCUGGCUACACAGAACCAGGAGCUCCAAGCCCAGAACCAACAACUUUGGCAGACUAGGCUGGAAGCAGUCAUACUGGAUUCCAGCCUUGAGGAGAAACCUGGUAAUUAGGAAUCCUUCAGGGGCAGUUUCCUCUUUCUUAAAGAUCUUAGAAGGGAGAGGAAGUUGGGACACAACAGCCAAGCUAACCUUCAUUAUGGAUUAAUAACACCACCACUAACCAGGUCUCACUGUACCAGUCCUUGCUAAGCGCCUGAUAUCCAAUAAUUGAUUUAGCCUUUUCUACUACCCUACAUAGUAGUAGGUAUCAUAUGACCCCCAUUUCAGAGAUAAUGCAACUAAAGCUAGGAGAGGUUGUGUAACUGUCCAAGGACAGUCAGCCAAUAAGUGAUGGAGCCAGAAUUCAAACUCAAGCCUGGCUGGCUAUUGUUCUACACUGUAGACAGUAGUGGUCCACAGGUUGCAGCGCACAUCAGAAUCACCUAGGGAGCUUAUUGGAAAA